UAUACAUCUAUCAAUCGAUAUAUAGUUAUGGAAUUAUUGUCCAGCCCUACUAGAACAUAUCAACAGGAAAAACAGCAAGUCCAAAACAAAAACAAUAUGUCAAAUAUCACAUUAAUCUCUGACAAUGAACAUAAUCCAUCCAUCCAUUUUCUAACACGUCUAUUCCUUUUGGGGUGGCGAGGGGUGCUGGUGCCUAUCUCCAGCUGUCAAUGGGCGAGAGGCGGGGUACACCCUGGACAGGUCGCCAUUCUAUCGCAGGGCAGAAAAUAAUACAGUGAAGCAUUACUACAUUGGAUAACAUUUUAAUGUUUCAGCAGCUUUUUUUCUUCUUCAGACACAAGCGGCUUUUAGUAUUAAACUGUCUACUACUCAACUAAAAUGAGCUGAGGUCAAAAGCUUCGAAGAUUAGAGUUUUCAUCGAAAAAAGAUGAUUCAUCAUUCUUAAUGCUCAGCACUCUUUGUAAAAAAACAAAACAAAAAAAAAAAAAAAAAACGCAUUCAUAUAAGCAAGAUGCUCCCCUGAGAAAUUUUGAAUUUCCAGGAAAUUAGUUUGCAAUUAUUCACAGGCUUCUUAGUAGCCAAGACCAAAACAAAGAAGCUGAUUAAUCUUCACAGCAAUGUCUUCAUUUUACAGUACCUUGCAAAAAAUAUUCAUUCAUCCAUUGUCUGUACAUGCUUAGCCAUGUUGGUCAAAAGGUUUGGUUUGUUUGACAGACGUCCAGUGUGAAAUAAAACCACAUCAUCUGAAAAUUAGCAAUUUCGGUCCCAAUCGAACCGAGUCUAUUGGAUUAUCAGGUGUGAAAACGACCUAACAGUCAUGGUUUUGGCCUGUGGGAGGAAGCCGGAGUACCUGGAGAGAACCCACACAUGCACAGGGAGAACAUGUUAACUCCAUGCAGAAAGAUCCCAGGAACCCAGGUGCUUAUUGCUGCUGUGAACAGUGCAAGUAGUGAAUUGUAACAUGAAUGACCAACAACUACGAAAAAAGAGAAAAAUCACAGCCCUCAUAGUAAAACAUCACAGUGGCCGCAACAGUGAGGAACAUGUGAGGAUGCAUACCAUUGGCCGAGAGAGGGAAGAUGGUCAGGGGUGAUGGGGAGGUGAAUAAAUCUAAAUACAGGACAAACCUGGGAGAAAGCCUGUUAGGCUGGAGGUUCAACUUCCAGUACGACAACUAGCCAGAGUUACAAUGAGGUGAAUUUGAUCAAAGUAUAUUCAUGUUGUAAUGCCCCAAAACAAAGCAUGGGUUUAAUCUAAUUAAGAGUCUGUGGCAAAAGUAAAAAAAAAAAAAAAAAAAAAAUCAUGUUUAGAGACUUGUGUAAUUUAACUGAGCUUGAGCUGUUUUGCCGGUAAGAAUUGGCAUAAAUUUCAGUCUUUACAUGCGCAAAGCUGGUUGAGACAUAGCCCUAAGCUAGAAUUAUCCUAAAUCAAUGGAAAGUAUUGACUUAGGAUGAGCAAUCCUAAAUGCACUCCCCACUGUUUUGAUUUUACUUUACAAAAACCGUUGAAAAACAGUUUUCCUUUUCACUUCAAAAACAUGCAUUGCUUUGUGUUCCCCUAUCACAUAAAAUCCCAAUAAACACGCUGAAUGUUGUGGUGGAAAUGGGACAAAAUCUGGAAUACUUACAAUGCACCGAAACAGCACUUUCCAUAUAUUUCACACCGAAAUAAUUAUAUUGUUAAUUAAGGAUUACUUCAAAUUAAACCAUGAAUAUAUUAGAUCAAUGUCUUGUUUAUUUUCAGUUAAUCAGAUUAAAAAAAUUUCAAUCUGCUCUCUUAAAUAUGACAAAUAUAUGUGUUUUUUAAUGACUUCACAACCCAUUGAAAAUAAGGAAAGAAUAUUCUGGAGCAGAUUACUAUUUCUACUUUAUGAAAAUAUUCAAUGUCGUUUUGAUCCUCAGGAAAAACUCCCUAAACAUCCUGAAAUUAUCUUUUUUAGUGUGUGUGUAAGCCCCCCGCUCUGACAGGCGCUGUAGGGAUUAAUCUUCAGUAUGGCGUUUUUUUUUUUUUUUUAAUGACAGAUGGAGCGAUUUCUAUCAGCUGCUGUAAUUUCUCUGUUUACGGUGACAUCUCAAAUGUUGAGCAUUUAGUUUCGGCGUCAACUCACAUUACAGUUAAUACAUCGGCUGUGAUUCAUUUAGGGAUUAUUUGGGAAUGACUAAAUCUAUGACACACACCGUGAUCACCACAACAAAUUUCCCAAUGUUCCCUGCACAGCUUUGCUGAAAGGUUGAGUGCAACAAAGAUACAAGCUGUUCUAGUCCAAGAUUAGAGAAUGAACUUUUGUUCAGCAGUUGUAGAGUCACAGAGAUGAGCUGUGGGUUACAUUGUAAAACCAGCUGAUGGGCAUGAAUGCAGCCUGGCCUCUUCCUUUCCCAGGAUGAAUCCUAAAGGAGCUUACACUCUAAUAUCCUGAUGGGAAAAAGGCUUGCUUUAAGCUUGCACUGAAUCGUCAUGAGAAUGCCGCAAAAGGUCUGAGAGAAAUCAGAACCCAAUGCGUCUUCAAAGAAAGAGCUGAUUUUGCUCGUUGGACAGGAUUUUUUCUUCUUCUUCUUGAUUCUACCUGAUGAGGCUGAUUUUAGAACGGUGAAGAACCAGAGCUGAUUUCAAUUACUUUUUUUUUUUUUUUUUUUUUUUGUCGAAGCUGGAAGCUUUUUUCUAGAGUUUCUAGACAUGAUUCCUACAAAGAUGUUAGUGUACAGGGGCCCCGCUGAGGACAUGCAUUUGAAGAUGGUCCAAACUACAACCAGGCGCAAGAAAUCAACCGGGGAGCUUUUCCAGAAUGGCUACAGGGUCAGAAUGAGCCACGGGUUGGUCCCCGACAAAGAGGACCAGGACAGCUUCUGCUUCAGUCUUGGUGGAUGCUUCCACAUGAUUUCCUACUGGGGUUUGAGGUUUUUAAGAGCCUUAAGGUUGAUACAGUUCUCAGAAAUUUUACAGUUUUUGAAUAUUCUAAAGACAAGCAACUCCAUUAAGUUGGUGAACUUGUGUUCAAUCUUCAUAAGCACAUGGCUAACUGCAGCAGGCUUCAUUCACUUGGUGGAAAACUCGGGGGAUCCUUGGGAAAACUUCCAAAACUCCCAAACACUUUCCUACUGGGAAUGUGUCUACCUGCUCAUGGUUACGAUGUCGACUGUUGGCUAUGGAGACGUUUAUGCAAAAACCACCCUUGGCCGCUUGUUUAUGGUCUUCUUUAUCCUUGGUGGUUUGGCCAUGUUUGCUCGCUACGUGCCAGAAAUUGCUGCUCUCAUCCUUAAUCGGAAGAAAUAUGGAGGGAGUUAUAACUCGACCAGAGGCAGAAAGCACAUCGUGGUCUGUGGUCACAUAACGCUCGAGAGCGUGUCCAACUUUCUAAAAGACUUCCUACACAAGGACAGGGAUGAUGUCAAUGUAGAAAUUGUUUUUCUCCAUAAUAUUUCCCCUAAUCUUGAGCUGGAAGCCUUGUUCAAGCGUCACUUUACCCAAGUAGAGUUUUACCAGGGGUCUGUCCUGAACCCACAUGACCUGGCCAGAGUCAAGAUUGAAUCAGCUGAUGCCUGCCUGAUCUUAGCGAACAAAUAUUGCGCCGAUCCUGACGCCGAAGAUGCAUCCAACAUCAUGAGGGUAAUAUCCAUCAAGAACUAUCAUCCGAAAAUCAGAAUAAUAACGCAGAUGCUGCAGUACCACAACAAGGCUCACCUUCUGAACAUCCCAAGCUGGAACUGGAAGGAGGGAGACGACGCCAUUUGCCUUGCGGAGCUGAAACUGGGGUUCAUUGCCCAGAGCUGCCUGGCUCAAGGCCUGUCCACCAUGCUAGCCAACCUUUUCUCCAUGAGGUCCUUCAUUAAGAUAGAAGAGGACACAUGGCAGAAGUAUUAUCUUGAAGGAGUAGCCAACGAGAUGUACACAGAGUACCUGUCAAGUGCUUUUGUAGGGUUAUCCUUUCCAGUCAUUUGCGAACUCUGCUAUGUGAAGCUGAAGUUACUGUUGAUAGCUAUUGAGCACAAAUCCGAUCAGAGAGAAAGCAGUACCCUGAUCAACCCUGGAAACCAUGUGAAAAUGCAGGAGGGGACUCUGGGCUUCUUCAUUGCAAGUGAUGCCAAAGAAGUAAAGAGGGCGCUUUUUUACUGCAAGGCCUGUCACGACGAUAUAACAGAUCCCAAAAGAAUAAAGAAAUGUGGAUGCAAGAAAUUGAUAUAUUCCAGGAUGCCCGCCUUCAAGAGAAUGAGACUGGCAUGUUGCUUUGAUCGCGGCCGCUCCAAGUCGGAGCGCUCUUGCAUGCCGGUUAAUGUGCGUUGUAACUUGGACUACCCUCAUCGGGACAUACCACUCUCUGCUCUCUCUGUUAAUGAUUGCUCAGCCACUAUACGUGCCUCUAAAAAUAGCUAUAAUGGAUAUAUCAAAUCAAUUGAAGAGGACCAACAGACAGCUCUGUCACCCAAAAAGAAGCAGCGUAAUGGAGGCAUGAGAAAUUCUCCAAACUCCUCGCCCAAGAUAACAAGACACGACCCACUCCUCAUUCCGGGCAGCGAGCAGAUUGAGACCAUGGAUGAGAACAUAAAGAAAUACGACUCAACAGGGAUGUUUCACUGGUCCCCGUCCAAAGACAUCGAGAAGGUCGUCCUGACCCGCAGCGAAGCAGCCAUGACUGUCCUGAGUGGACAUGUGGUUGUGUGCAUCUUUGGAGACGUGAAAUCGGCACUGAUCGGUCUCCGAAACUUUGUGAUGCCUCUGAGAGCAAGUAAUUUCCACUACCAUGAGUUGAAGCACAUCGUCUUUGUCGGUUCCCUUGAAUAUCUGAAGCGGGAGUGGGAAACUCUUCACAACUUCCCAAAACUUUCCAUUCUGCCCGGCACACCGUUGAGCAGGGCCGAUCUGAGGGCUGUCAACAUCAACCUCUGCGACAUGUGCGUCAUCCUGUCAGCCAAUCAGAACAAUAUUGAUGAUGCAUCUCUGCAGGACAAAGAGUGCAUCCUGGCGUCACUUAACAUCAAAUCCAUGCUGUUUGAUGACAGCAUCGGGGUCUUGCAGGCCAAUUCUCAAGGCUUCACGCCACCAGGGAUGGACAGAUCCUCUCCUGAGAACAGCCCGGUCCACGGAUUAGUGCGGCAGACCUCUGUUACUACUGGAGCAAAUAUUCCCAUCAUAACAGAGCUUGCACCUUUAGCAAAGCAAGGCAAAAAAGUGCCUGUGAUUUCAUUCAGUCAGGAUAAAAGCAGUGGGACCAGCAUACAAAUGAUAACUGAGCUGGUUAAUGACUCGAAUGUUCAGUUUCUGGACCAAGACGAUGACGACGAUCCAGACACAGAAUUAUACCUCACUCAGCCUUUUGCCUGUGGGACAGCAUUUGCAGUCAGUGUGCUUGACUCCUUAAUGAGUGCGACAUACUUCAAUGACAAUAUCCUCACCCUGAUCCGGACAUUGGUAACAGGUGGCGCCACGCCGGAGCUGGAGGGCCUGCUGGCCGAGGAGAAUGCAUUACGCGGCGGCUACAGCACACCGCAGACCCUGGCAAACAGGGACAGGUGUCGCGUGGCACAGCUGGCCUUGUACGACGGGCCCUUCGCUGACCUCGGGGACGGCGGCUGUUAUGGGGACCUGUUCUGUAAAGCCUUGAAAACGUACAACAUGUUGUGUUUUGGCAUCUAUCGCUUAAGGGAUGCACAUCUAAACGCACAAAGCCAGUGUACCAAACGGUACGUCAUCACCAAUCCUCCGUACGCAUUUGAGCUGGUGCCCUCCGACCUCAUAUUCUGCUUGAUGCAGUUCGACCACAACGCCGGUCAGUCACGGACCAGCCUCUCCCACUCUUCCCACUCCUCGCACUCUUCGAGCAAAAAGAGCUCGUCUGUCCACUCGAUUCAAACCACCAACCGCGCCAACCGAGUCAAAAGCAGGGACUCGCGAGACAAACAAAAAAAAGACAUGGUUUACAGAUGAGCCAGAGAAUACCCAACUGAGGACCAUACAGAUCAAUCCUGUGAAUACUCUCACCAUCAACCCAGCCGGUCACAAUAAAUCCACCAGUAGCUUGAUCCCACCCAUCAGAGAAGCCGAGGAUGAGUUCUGAGCUCCAGACCCCACGCUGACAUCUGGACAACUGGACCUCCAAGAGACCUAUUGAGUGGGUGUCAGUGUGGACCUUGGAUCAUCUCUUCACCUGCAAACAGACGCUAUAAACAAGACAAACUGCUUUUCCUCCUUCAUCUUUGCAGCAUUGUAAUGUCUGAGCUGAUUUAGAAACACAAAGACAGUCCUGACCACUUAAUUUUUAGUUUGCACAGCAGUGACCAGACUACAGGACUAAUUGUAAGAGUUGCCUUUUAAGCUGUACAUGAACAACUACUGCUACUGCAUUUGAGUCACCAAGUCUGGUUGAUGUGUUUUGUACAGCUUGUUAGCGGGUGUAUUUCGCAUCCAGCUGCAAACCCCUCAGCCAUGCACCACCACCACAGUGGCAUUGUUGAGGACUGAUGCUGCGCUCCAUUUACCACAGGAGUUGGAUCUUGGGAUGAUAAUCAGCCCAAAGACCACAGGGACAGGUUAGCAAUUUAAAGAAGACUUUUGCAACUUGCCUGUAGGGGGCAACGGUGCACCUGAGCUAUGGCUAGACUGCUGCAAAUGCCAUUAUUUGUAGAAGAAAAACUCAAUCGUUUCAUAUCGUUACUUUCGUGGGAACUGGUUGGUAAAAACUAUCAAACUUGAAUUAAUCUGAAGUUAAAUGGGUAUUUCUGUUUUAAUAAGAAGCAAAAGAAAGCAAUAAUAAAGGACCCCUUUACCUAAAUGUCUACUUUUUGACAAGAGCAGUUGUUUUGUUCCCAAUGCCAGCAACAGGUUGUGGAUAUUCUGGCCCUUCACCAUUGGAUGUUUUUUUUAGUUAAAUGUUGUAAACUCAUAUCACAGAGCAUAGGAGUCGAUAAGUCACAUUCUUGUUUUCAUCCAUCUCUUAUCUACACCCACUUAUCUGUGCAGGGUCGCGGGGCGCUGUUCCUAUCAAGUAAAAAAAAA